AUGGUGGAAGCAGUACUGAUAGAUCUGUUCAGCCUACCAGCCAACCUGCAGAACAACAUCCAAGGAGUACUAGGUAACCUGCUGGGAACUCUUGAGAAGUGCUCUUCCAUCCCUGCUCCAUCUGUUUAUGUCAUGUGUUGCCAGAGGCAGGGCAGUGAAAAGAACGGUGAGCCAGAGUCCUUGCUUCCAGCCCUGGGAGAUUUUGAGAGUCUGAGGAGAAGAGUGGAGGUGGUGACUGCUCUGAGUACAGCUGCUGCUUUGUACACCAUCAAACAGAGACUGGAUGAAAAAGACCUAAGCAUCAUUAAAGUUAUUCUCCCUACCUCAAGAAAAGCCUUAAUGAGAAUAUAUAUAGACCAUCUCUUUACAGCUGUCUACCAGUUUGAAUUUGAGGAUUUACAGGUGGCAUCUGGUUGUGAAAACCUCCAGCUGGCUGAACCUUGCAGCGAGGGGCAAACGGUUCCUGCAGAGGACGUGGCACUGGUCCAAAGUGAGAUCCAGCUGUACCUGGAGAGCCUGCCGAGCCUGAGGGGGGAGCUCACCAUCCUCAGGUCUUCCCUCAUCCCAGAUGAUAUCUUCCUGCACGGGUUCACCACAAGGGCAGGUGGGAUCUCCUACAUACCAACUCUGAGCUCCUGCAAUCUCUUCAGCAGCUCCAAGAGGAGGGACCCACAAGCUGUUGUGAAAGAGAAUCUCCGCCGGCUGGCUAAUGCUGCAGGGUUCAACCCAGAGAGCUUCCACAGAGUCAAGGUCGAUCACGCCAGUGCUGUGUGUGUGGUGGGGAGGACAGAGCCCGACAGUUACGACGGGAUCGUCACAGACCAGCAGGGGGUCACCAUAGCAGCCCCAGGGGCUGACUGCAUUCCCCUGCUCUUCGCUGAUCCUGUCAGGAGAGCCUGCGGUGCUGCCCACUCCG